GUUAACGUCCAACCCUUCCCCUCAAGCCAGUUCUGGAUCUCCUACAAAUGUGCUCCACCGCCCAACGGCAGCGACAUCCGAUUCUACUACUUCAAGCUCUAUGCCGCCGGGAGAUGCGUUGUCAGUUGGGGAGUUGGUGAGGAGGAGAACUGGAGCGGCAAAACAAUGCAUGCGAUAUUCGCUGCCGGGAGUGAUUUUGAUGGAAGAAGAGUCGUGGAGCGACGUGCGUUGUUCUUCAGCCGAGCGGCCAGGGCUUAUCAAGGAGAGGGAGCGGGAUUCGAGAUAAGACUCUUUCGCGCGAAGGCGAGACGGAGGGAGGAAGUGAAGUAUGAGAAUAUCGGUGAUGUGAUGGUGAAAGGUGCAGGGAUUCAGUGAGUGCACCGAGAGCUCUAGCAUGGUGAAUGAUGGUGCUGACGAUGGAUCUAGGUUGACGAAUCUUGGGCGCGUCAAGGCCGAAGAGGCCCAGAGGAUGUACACUUACGCACUCCUUGACCCCAAGGAUCAGCCGUACGUGACCUUCCGAUACGUGAUUGGGGCUCAAGAGGAUGCGAGUCCUUUGCCAUACCGUCCUUUACGGGCAGAAAGUGAGAAUGAAACGGAGGAGGCGGACGAUCGAUGGACAAGGGCAAGACCUCCAGGGCUGUCAAGGAGGCAGUGGAGUGGCAGCAGCAGUGGGAUGGAGAUGCUCCCGUCAAUUAGAGAGGAAUCGAUGUCGCGCGGGCCCACCAUGGAGAAGGAAGGCAUCGAAGCGAAUGAGACCGCGCAUCGUGCUUGGGUCACCAGGACACCCUCGCCAAUGGUGUCGAGGCUGUUUGAAAGACCAGUCAGUCCACCGGCCAAGCGAAAAGCUGGCUCGGCAGCCUUGUUGGAGAGUGUUGUUACGAACGCGUUGAAAGGAGCCAAAGGACGUCGGUGAGGCAUUGUCUAUCAGCAGGGUAUCCGACCACGAUUUACAUCUUCGAUCCACCUUUCAUCGUCUUCAAAGCAUCGUAGGCUGCUUGGACGUAUCCAAAGGUUCUG